GACGUCAAACAAAUAUGGAUGAAAUAUUAUACCAAAACAAGGACUUUUUUACGCCUUGAAAAUCGUAAAUCAAGUGUGAAUUGUACAUAAGCUUCUUGCUUCGAGUUCCAAACUUGGUGCUUCAGUAUGGCAUCAAAUUGGUCUCAACACAGAGAUGGGGAACGAACUUUGAACUCACUAGAAGGGUUAGGAUCAAUUCAUUCAUGUUUAGAUGGUGUUCCUUUUAAAAUAGGACCCAAAUUCAAACCUCCAGAAAAGAUUCAUAUACCUCCAGAUUUACUGACUCCUAAAAAAUGUACAUUGUUAGAGGAACAGUACACUUUUGAAACGGAAGAGGGUGUUUUAGCAUGGAUUAGAGCAAAAGAGGAAACACAUCGAAAUCAAAAACUUGAUGCUGAGGAGAGGAGAGCUAAGGAAUUAGAGGAGUUUACUAGAGCAGCUAAAUCAGACUCUAGUGAUGAUGAGGAUGGGGAUGACAAUUUUACCUUUGACCCUGUGUCUCACAAUACAGUGGCUUCUAAUAUCCCAAAACGACCAGUUAUUCCGAACUUUGACAGUAUAUUGACCCCCACACCCAUACAAACCAGUUCUAAUCCCACUCUGUUAACAGACAAUAACAAGACCACACCUAUAGAUCUGUCCAUGUUUGAAAAAGAAAAGGAUGCGUUUGAAAAUUUAGAUCUACAAGCUAUCAAUGAAAUGGAAGAAUUAAAAAAUCUCUUUCAAGAUACUGGAACAUCAGCAGUGAAAAAUGAUAUCACUAGUGGUAGCCAAAGUGAACAAAUGAACAGUGACUCUGGUGCUAAGGCUAAUAAACCUACAGCUAAACCUAGAAAAACUGAAGGAAAAAAUACCGUAGUGUCUGAUAAUAUAGAUGAUGAUGGAGAUUAUGUAAAACUGCAAGUAGAUUUCAGCCAAAAUCGUGUUGUUUUUAACAAUGAUAAUAAAGAAAACAUUAACAUUUCUGAAUCUUCAACUGGGGCAUCUUACAGUGGACCUUCGAAUGCCGGACAGAAUAAUAUAUAUAAAUCUGUUUUACCCCCAAUUCAUCCAGGACAACAAUCUAAUUUUAAAACUGAUAUGGCUCAAUCUAGUGUCAAACAAAUGAUGAAUGGACUGAAUGGGGUUAAUUCACAAACUGCCAACUCAUUUAGUGAUCAAACAGUUUACUAUAACUUACAUCCUUCUACCACCUUACAACAAACAACUAAUAUAUCCUGUACAAAUAACUCUCAACAAGAUUCUGAUAUCUAUGAGAAUUUACCGGAGGCUAGAUUACGAAGCGCUAGGAGUAAUCCUGAUCUUAGUGUAUCACCAGCCAAAAGAAGUGUUUCACCACGUUUUUCUAUGUCACAUACACCUCCACCUAUUCCUAGUCGACCUGCAGAAAAUCCACAAUAUGAGAAUUGGGAUUUAAAGAAGAAACCAGUUCCACCUAUUCCUCCAGUCAAAACUAUAUUAAAAACAACAGAUACAACAACAGUCAGAACUUCUACACCUCCUGAAACUGAUCCCUACCCUACUCUUUCUAAACAAGAUCAAAUCUUUGUAAAUAAAUUCUGUUCUAUGGGAUUUCCACGACCCAGAAUAUCUCGAGCUGUAGCCAAACUAGGUCAAGAUGAGAAACAGGUUAUAGAUCAUCUAUGUUAUAUUGAUAAUUUAAUUGGUAAAGGUUAUAAUCCUAUGAAAUCUGAGUCAGCAUUGUUUUUAUUUGGUAAUGUUGAUAAGGCAUCAAGUUAUAUUGACAGUUAUUCACAGUUUCAAGAACUGGGAUUUCAUGCUGAUAAAAUACGCGAAGCUUUGAUUAAAACUAACGUAGAUAGAGAUAAAGCAUUGGAUGAAUUGAUGGCCUCCUAGCAUUAACCUUGCUAAUAUGGCAUUUCUUUUGAACCAAACAAAUGAAUAUGUGAAGGGUUUACACUUUUAGAGUAUGGAGUGAACAUUUAUAAUGGAUUUAUGUCAUCUUGAAACCAAGGAUAUUGAAACCUUGAAAGUCAUGUACUGUACGGCUAGCAUUUUCACCCUUUUAUUUUUGGAUUGAUAUGUAAACGUUAUAUAAUAUAUAAGCUUAUAUAUGCAGCUUUGGACUUGUUGAUUUCUUAAACUGAUAUUUUAUAGAAGUUUGUCUAAAAAAAAAAUACACUGGUUGAUGUGACAAAAUGUCCAAGGGCUUCAUAAAUUGUAGACAAACUUGACUUCCAGACUUCGAUUUGAUCAGUGAUCUGGAUAACUAAAUAGGGCUUAUUUUAACUGUCAAGCUAAUAUUAGGCUAAUGUACUCCUU